UUCUUUUUUUUUUUUUUUUUUUUUCAAGAUACCCCAACUCCAGAUAUGCAAGGGAAAGACAGAUAUCACCUCCAAAUCAAGGUUGUCAAUGGUAUGUUCCAGCUGUUAAAGCUUUCUUUGUAGUUAUGGUCCCUUACCUAUAACUCUAGUCUGAGUUAUAUGUAUGUUCCUUUUCUUCUUCUUAAUCUGAUAUAUCAAAUUCCAGUUCCAACAUUUCAUAUAGUAAUCAUUCGGAAGUAUACAACCUGUGUCCGGCACAGCCAUAAUCCACCUGAUUUACGGACAGUACUAAGAUACUGGGAUCUGUAUUGGACUAACAUAACCAUAACGUGCAGGAUGCAUUAGAUCGAAGAUACACUCUCAGGGAACAGCAUUAAGAAAUGCUAUUAAAGGUGGGGUUGCAACUUGUAUGCAUAAAUGUAUUGGUACUAGUAAUUACCUGUGACUCACUGGUCGGUAAAAUUCCUAUGAAGUCACGUUGUCCAGAAUAAGUCUUGUAUCUCUUACUCUGUACAAGAAAGUUACUUAUACUGGUAGUUACAUACAAAAGUAGGACAUUUUGUAAAUAAAUAUAUAUAUAUAUAUAUAUAUUUCUUUUCUUUUCUUUUCUUUUCUUUUUUUUUUUUUCUUUCAUGUAUGUGUUCUCCACAAUCUUCAUAAAUACAUCAAGUCAUAC